AUGGAGAUUCAGGGUUUGGCAUUCUUGCCUAUCCUCUUCGUCACAUGGACGCUUUUAGGCCUUUGCGCCGGGAUCGCCAUUACUGUCAUCUUAGGCCAUUCAAAAUUACCAUACAUCAGUACCAUAGGAGAACAAUUUCCUGAAUCGGUGGUCUUCACUGUCGUCUUCAUGGUGACUUCCAUUCUAGGAGCUGGCGUCGCUUCCAUCCAAUACAAGUUCAUGAUCCUCCAUUCUGAACCAUCAGAGAAGCGAAAUAUCAUCUGCCAGAAAAUCCUAUACGCCAUGGGAUGGCUCGCUUGUAUUGCGAACGCCGUGACUGGUGUAUGUACGAUGAAGAUCAGUCCGAUAGCCCACAGUAUCGGCGCAGGAACUGGAUUUUUCUUCUUUGCCGUUUACAACCUGAGCCAAGCUAUAUGCCUGUAUAAGAAAUCCUUCAGCAGUCGUCGGCUGUGCCACAUAAGACUGGCAUCAACCUUGGUGACCAUUGUGGCACUGCUGAUCUGUAUCCUUUUAUACCUGGCUGUUGAUGUAGCUGUGGGCUUCUUCCGCCUAUGUACCACCGAUCACUGUAAAGAGAUCUUCUCUAUGACAGGCAUGGUGAGCGAGUGGAUGGGAUUUUUUGGCCUGACAAUAUUCCCGAUCAUGUACUAUACGGAUUUCCAGCGUUUGUCAUUAAUGUUGUCCAGAGAAGGCGUCUCCAUCAUUCUGAGGCAAAAGACCCAGGACCCAGAAAACCCCUAA